AUGUGUCCUGUCUGUUCCCUCUGCAUCAUCUUCCUCCUCUUUGUCUUUCCCAGGGCGGAGUCUUGUCUGCAAUGCACCCGAGUGGUACGAUAUCUGCAUGAGGACUUCCUGGCGGGCGUCUCUGAUAUCACAGUCCAAGAUCAGAUUGAGUUAAAGAAAAUCAUUGACCAUGCAUACAUCACUUACAGAGACACCAGUCGACAAUACCAUGGAGUCAUUGAUCCAACGACCCUGUAUCGGGCCCGGACAGAGUACCAGAGUGAGUUUAGAAGACACUGGACAGAGGAGACAACAGGAAGCAUCCACUGGGACAUGAUUACAAUUGUGGAGAAAGGGAAAAGGAUCCUUGAGAAACAUUUGAAGGUUUUUGUUGCAGAAGGUCUUUGUCCAAAUAAAUGUGGUCUGCUGUAUCAGAGUGUGAUGAAUUGCUCUUCCUGUGAACAUGGGCUGCGGACAUGUCUGUCGACAACAUCCCCGCGGGACUGCGGGGAGCAUCAUUUAGAAGCAGAGGAGGGGGACCAGGUGGUUUUGGACUGUUUCCUCCCAUGGCACACUCUGGUGAUGGGACAGCCUGACUACCACUACUCCUGGAGGCCUCUGACACAAAAUCUGUCCAUUGAGGGCGACUAUAAAGUUUUGGUGGUGACCCCUGAGUCGAAAAUCGUAUUGAAUCAACUACGUGUGGAAGAGCAAGGAGUGUAUCGCUGCCUCCUGCAGGACAGUGAGGGAACUACCCUGUCACGCACCCACUUCAUACUAACAGUCAACCCGUUGCCCCUGACAACACCCAGACAAAUCCUAAUACAACCAACCCUACCCCACUGGUUUGACUCUAGGCCUGUGAAGCUUCACAGAGAUUUUCUAAUCAUUCUUCUGGCUCUCCUUACCACUCUCUGCUUCAUGGCAUGCCUCGCUCUGAUAGUGGGUUUCAGGUAA